AUGGAAUCGGAAAAGGCUUUUUUUAAGGAUUCCGGAGUUGCCAUCAUCACUUUGAACAGACCAAAAGCUUUGAAUGCAUUGUGUAAACAACUUGUUCAAGAAUUGGGACAAGUUGUCUCCUUGUGCGAAAAGGAUCCAUCUGUUAGAGUAAUGAUCAUUACAGGAAGUCAAAAGGCUUUUGCUGCUGGAGCUGACAUUAAGGAAAUGAGCACCAUGACUGCUAUGCAAGUUUAUAAUGAAAAUUUAUUUGGAGAACUUGAUGCUGUUUCUAAAGCUAGAAAGCCAGUUAUUGCUGCUGUUAAUGGAUUUGCUUUGGGUGGUGGAUGUGAACUUGCCAUGAUGUGUGACUUUAUUGUUGCUGGUGAAAAUGCCAAGUUUGGUCAACCAGAAAUUAAGCUUGGUACUAUUCCAGGUAUUGGUGGUACUCAAAGACUUACUAAAGCUAUUGGUAAGGCAAAGGCUAUGGAAUGGAAUUUGACUGGAGAUCUCCAUGAUGCUGUUGAAGCUGAAAAGGCUGGUUUAGUUUCUCGUAUUGUCAAGACUGAACAACUCCUUGAAGAAACUCUCAAGAUUGCUGAAAAGAUUGCUUCAUACAGUCAACCUAUUGCUGCAUUGGCUAAGGAAUGUGUUAAUAAGGCUCAUGAAACUGGUUUGCAAGAAGGUUUAGUUUUCGAAAGAAGAGUUUUCAUGUCCACUUUUGCUUCAAAGGAUCAAAAGGAAGGUAUGAGUGCUUUUGCUGAAAAGAGAACUCCAAAGUUUGUUGAUGAAUAA